AUGGCGGCCGGCAGGCGUGCGGCGGCUGGACCGCGGUCGCCAGCUGCCAUGGCUCAGUGGAAGAAGAAGAAGGGACUCCGAAAGCGCCGGGGCGCAGUCUCCCAGGCCCACGACAGCGACUCGGAGGAUGGCGAGUUUGAGAUUCAGGCGGAAGAUGACGCCCGGGCGCGGAAGCCAGGUCCUGGCCAACCCCUGCCCAGUUUCCCCUCCGCAGAGGGCACCUCGGACAUGGAGCCAGACAUGUGGGAGAUGGUGCGGGCACAGAACAAGAAGAAGAAGAAGUCUGGGGGCUUCCAGUCCAUGGGCUUGAGCUACCCGGUGUUCAAGGGCAUCAUGAAGAAAGGCUACAAAGUGCCGACGCCCAUCCAGAGGAAGACCAUCCCAGUGAUCCUGGACGGCAAGGACACGGUGGCCAUGGCACGGACAGGCAGCGGCAAGACGGCAUGCUUCCUCAUCCCCAUGUUCGAGCGGCUCAAGACCCGCAGCGCCCAGAGCGGCGCCCGCGCCCUCGUCCUCUCGCCCACCCGGGAGCUGGCCUUGCAGACCAUGAAGUUCACCAAGGAGCUGGGCAAGUUCACCGGCCUCAAGACAGCCCUGAUCCUGGGCGGGGACAAAAUGGAGGACCAGUUCGCAGCCCUGCACGAGAACCCCGACAUAAUCAUCGCCACCCCAGGGCGGCUGGUGCACGUGGUCGUGGAGAUGAGCCUGAAGCUACAGAGUGUGGAGUACGUGGUUUUCGACGAGGCCGACAGGCUCUUUGAGAUGGGCUUUGCGGAGCAGCUGCAAGAGAUCAUCAGCCGCCUGCCUGGGGGCCACCAGACGGUGCUGUUCUCGGCCACACUGCCCAAGCUGCUGGUGGAGUUCGCCCGCGCGGGCCUCACGGAGCCCGUGCUCAUCCGGCUGGAUGUGGACGCCAAGCUCAACGAACAGCUCAAGACCUCCUUCCUCCUGGUGCGUGAGGACACCAAGGCUGCUGUGCUGCUGCAUCUGCUGCGCACUGUGGUGCGGCCCCAGGACCAGACCGUGGUGUUUGUGGCCACCAAGCACCACGCCGAAUACCUCACUGAGCUGCUGUGUACCCAGCACAUGAGCUGCGCCCACAUCUACAGCGCCCUGGACCAGACAGCCCGCAAGAUCAACCUGGCCAGGUUCGUGCACGGCAAGUGCUCCACGCUCAUCGUCACCGACCUGGCCGCGCGCGGCCUGGACAUCCCGCUGCUGGACAACGUUAUCAACUACAGCUUCCCUGCCAAGGGCAAGCUCUUCCUGCACCGUGUGGGCCGUGUGGCCCGGGCUGGCCGGAGCGGCACAGCCUACUCCUUGGUGUCCCCGGCCGAGGUUCCCUACCUGCUGGACCUGCACCUGUUUGUGGGCCGCACCCUCAGCCUUGCCCCCCCCAAUGAGGAGCCUGCGGGUGAGUGGGGGUGCAGGCCUGGGUCCCCUCAAUGUGUGGAGCCAGCAGGGGACAGGCCUGGCUCCGAGCGGGAGGAGGAGGGGGAGCUGCAGAGGCUGAGGCUGGUGGACGGCGUCCGGCGGUACCGCGCCCGUGCGACCAUCUUCGAGAUCAACGCCUCUAGCCACGACCUGAGCAGCCAGGUGAUGCGUGCCAAGCGGCAGAAGGACCGCAGAGCCAUCAGCCGCUUCCAGCAGGGGCGGAAGGAGCGACAGCAAGGCCUGGCUGGCUCUGCCCCCGCCUGCCCAGCGCCACAGGAGGAAGAAGAGGAGGCCGUGGCAGAGAGCGUGGAGCGAGUCUUCACUGAAGUCGUGGGCCGGAAGCGGCCUCAGCCAGGCCCUGGUGGAGGAGCCAAGAGGCGGAGGGAGGAGGCCUGGCGGCAGGAUCAGGAGUUCUACGUCCCCUACCGGCCCAAAGACUUCGACAGCGAACGGGGCCUUAGAGUGGGGAGUGCUACAGGGGCGUUUGAACAGCAGGUGGCUGGCGCUGUCCUGGACCUGAUGGGGGACGAGUCGCAGAACCUGACCCAGGGCCGGCAGCAGCUCAAGUGGGACCGAAAGAAGAAGCGGUUUGUGGGACAGUCAGGACAGGAUGACAAGAAGAAGAUCAAGACUGAGAGCGGCCGCUACAUCAGCAGCUCCUACAAGCGUGACCUCUACCAGAAGUGGAAGCAGAAACAGAAAAUCGAUGAUCAAGACUCUGAGGAGGAAGGGCCGUCUGACCGUCGAGGCCCACCUCGGAGAGGCGGGAAGCGAGGGCGCAGCCAGGGUGCAUCCCAGCCUCGUGCCCCCAGCACCCCCGCGGGCCGUGUUCACUCUGAGCUCAAGACCAAGCAACAGAUCCUGAAGCAGCGGCGGCGGGCCCAGAAGCUGCGCUUCCUGCAGCGUGGCGGCCUCAAGCAGCUGUCCGCCCGCAACCGCCGCCGGGCCCAGGAGCUGCGGCAGGGCGCCUUUGGCCGGGGCACCCCCUCUCGGAAGGGCAAGAUGAGGAAGAGGAUGUGAAGACCAGGGCUUGGCCCCAAGGCUUUUCUCGUGGCCCUGCUUGGACAUCAGCCGUCAUUUCCCCGUGCACUGCUGGCACCGCACCCUGAAAUUGAGCACAGCAGCUACCUCUGCCGAGACAGAGACAUGUGAGCAGGGUGUUGAAGGAUAUGUAGGAGUUCGCCAGCAAAGCCAAGCAGGCCAAGCCCUGAGUUGGCAACUUGGUGCUGCUGCUUCCAUGUGCUCUGGGUUCACGGGUCGGGGCCACAGGGUCUAAGCCGAGUGCCUCAGGCUCCGUGACAGGCUUUUAAAGAAAUAAACUUUAUUGAGCAUCUCUGG